UCCAGUUUUCAAUUUCUCUCUCUCCCUCUCUCUCUCUCUCUCUCUCUAACUUCUUCGCAGAGCUUUACGAUAUCUGUUGGCGUGCAAAUCUCACCUACACAGAGGGCUUUCGUCUCAGUGCUCUAUGCAUCAGUCUCUGCUAAAGAUCUGACACAAAACCAUUGAAAAACUGGUCGAAAUGGACUUCUUUGACAAAUUCAAGAUCUGGGUUUUGUUUAUAUGCUUGAUAUCUCAAUUGGGUCAUGGUUUUUACCUUCCGGGUAGUUACCCUCACAAAUAUGCUGUUGGCGAUCCUUUGUUCGUGAAAGUGAAUUCACUGACUUCCAUUGACACUGAAAUGCCCUUCAGCUAUUACAGUUUACCCUUCUGUCCGCCCCCGGAAGGUGUUAAGGACAGUGCCGAAAACCUGGGCGAGCUCCUUAUGGGCGAUAGGAUUGAGAAUUCUCCGUAUCGGUUUAAGAUGUACACGAAUGAGACGGAGAUCUAUCUUUGUAAAACAAAGAAAUUGUCUGGUGAUGAAUUUAAGAUCUUGAAGGAAAGAAUUGAUGAGAUGUAUCAGGUGAAUUUGAUUCUUGAUAAUUUACCUGCCAUUCGAUAUACCAGGAAGGAGGGUUAUUUCUUGCGCUGGACGGGUUACCCAGUUGGCAUUAAGGUUCAGGAUGUGUAUUAUGUGUUUAAUCAUUUGAAGUUUACAGUUCUAGUUCACAAGUAUGAAGAGACCAAUGUGGCUCGUGUCAUGGGGACCGGGGAUGCAGCUGAAGUGAUCCCAACAGUUGGGAAAUCAGGAUCGGAUGUGCCAGGUUACAUGGUUGUGGGCUUUGAGGUGAUUCCUUGCAGUUUCCAGCACAAUGCAGAAUCCGUGAAGAACUUGAAAAUGUUUGAUAAAUACCCGUCUCCUAUAAAGUGUGAUCCCACUACCGUCGCUAUGCCUGUUAAGGAAGGUGAGCCUGUGGCCUUCACCUAUGAGGUCUCAUUUGUGGAGAGUGAUAUUAAAUGGCCGUCUAGAUGGGAUGCUUAUUUGAAGAUGGAGGGAGCAAAAGUCCACUGGUUUUCAAUUCUCAAUUCUCUUAUGGUGAUUACUUUCUUGGCUGGAAUUGUCCUUGUGAUCCUUUUAAGGACGGUCAGGCGGGACUUGACUCGUUAUGAGGAGCUUGACAAGGAGGCUCAAGCUCAGAUGAACGAGGAGUUAUCAGGGUGGAAACUUGUUGUGGGUGAUGUUUUCCGCGCUCCAACCAAUCCUUCACUUUUGUGUGUAAUGAUUGGGGAUGGAAUUCAAAUUCUUGGGAUGGCAGUUGUGACCAUACUAUUUGCGGCCCUUGGGUUUAUGUCACCGGCUUCUCGUGGGACGCUGAUUACAGGUAUGCUAUUUUUCUACUUAAUUCUUGGAAUUGCUGCUGGUUAUUUCGCUGUUCGUCUUUGGAGGACAAUUGGAUGUGGCGAUUACAAAGGAUGGGUUUCAGUGUCUUGGCGGGUUGCUUGUUUCUUCCCUGGUAUUGCCUUUUUGAUUCUAACCACUUUGAAUUUCCUAUUAUGGGGUAGUCACAGCACAGGAGCCAUUCCAUUUUCUCUGUUUGUAAUUCUCAUUUUGCUCUGGUUCUGCAUCUCGGUUCCCCUUACCCUAAUUGGUGGAUACUUUGGGGCAAAGGCACCUCAUAUUGAAUACCCUGUUCGAACCAAUCAAAUCCCUCGUGAAAUCCCACCUCAAAAGUACCCAUCAUGGCUUUUGGUUCUUGGGGCUGGCACUCUUCCAUUUGGUACACUCUUCAUUGAACUCUUCUUCAUCAUGUCUAGCAUUUGGAUGGGCCGUGUUUACUAUGUAUUUGGAUUUCUCUUCAUUGUUAUAAUCCUUCUUGUGGUGGUUUGUGCUGAAGUAUCUCUAGUUCUAACCUACAUGCAUCUUUGUGUGGAGGACUGGAAAUGGUGGUGGAAGUCCUUCUUUGCUUCUGGUUCUGUUGCCAUUUACAUCUUCCUAUACUCCAUAAACUAUCUUGUCUUUGACCUAAAGAGUUUGAGUGGACCUGUAUCUGCCACACUUUACUUGGGGUAUUCACUCUUCAUGGUUAUAGCAAUUAUGCUCGCAACUGGCACAGUUGGGUUCCUUUCCUCAUUCUGGUUCGUGCACUACCUGUUCUCUUCGGUGAAGCUGGAUUGAUGGAAAUUUUCAACUCAAAUGAUUUGCUUCAGGAAGAGCAGGAAUAGCAGCAGUGACUGGCAUGGGGGAAAUGAACGCAGUGCUUAAGUUUGUUCUCUCACAUAUGUUACUUGUCUUGAAUUUUCUUUUAUAGGGAAGUUGGUAAAGGCAAUGACAAUAAACCUUAUCCAUUUUGCUUUAUUCUUUUUGUUUUUAGAGGGAGAUCAUUGCACAAUAGCAAAGUUUAGUUGCGAUAUGGUGGAGGCAUAUUUUACUUGAGUAGUUGUUAUGUGGAUUUUCUUAUUUGCUUAUCUGGAUUUGUAUGGAUAGUCAAUCGAAUUGUCUUUCUGUUGUGGUAUUGUUUCUUAAAA